CGAUUCCUCUCGAUGCUUCGAGGGUUUCUGCUGCUGCAGUGAUCUAGGGACUUGGGGAUCCUAGAUCUGUCCGAUUCGAGGGUAACCCUUCAACGUGUUUCGCAAUUUGCGUUCGGGAUUUUGUGGAAUUUCAUCGAAAUGCCUUGUCUAUGCGGCAGAAUCCUGUCUCUUCGUUGCUGUGAAUGUGGUUCCCUUUUAGCUCUGAUUGAUUCGAUCAUGUAUAUCAAUUCUAGUUGAUGUUGUUCCAUGUUGUUGAUCGAGUUGGAACAGGGCAAUCCGGUUCGUAAGGACAAGAGGUGGUUUUGGGGUGAGCAUUAGCGUCUGCAAUCAUGAGCUAUGUUUUACGGACAAGUAGAGCGGACAUCGAGAGCGGCUUGCCAGGAUUUAUACCCGAGAGGCGGCUGAUGCGAAUGCAUGUGGGCGGUCGACCUGUUAAUAACAAUUCGACUACUUUUCUUCUCACCGUUCUUGUUCUGUUCAUGAUAUUGAAUUCACAUCAGAUGUCACCCAAUUUUCUGCUUUGGCUUGUUUUGGGAGUGUUUCUGAUGGCCACCAGCCUAAGGAUGUAUGCAACUUGGCAGCAACUCCAGGCUCAAGCCCAAACUCACGCUGCAGCUGCCAGUAGCUUCCUUGGGGGCACAGAGUUGCGGUUGCAUGUUCCACCAUCCGUAGCCUUUGCUACAAGAGGGCGCUUACAGAGCUUGAGGCUCCAACUUGCUCUUCUUGAUCGAGAAUUCGAUGAUCUAGAUUAUGAUGCUUUAAGAGCAUUGGAUUCUGAUAAUCCCCCUGAUGCUCCUUCGAUGACAGAGGAAGAAAUCAAUGCCCUUCCUGUACACAACUACAAGGUCCAAUCUCGCCAAGGGUCUGCGACCAGUCGGCAAAGUGGUGGAUCAUUGCCACAACAGGCAUCAUCUUCUUCUGUAUCUGCAACUGAGCAAAAAAGGCAGGAGAGUUCAAAACUAGAUGGGGACUUGAAGACUCCGGAAGAUGAACUGACAUGCAGUGUUUGCUUGGAGCAAGUCAGUGUGGGAGAAUUGAUAAGAAGCUUACCAUGCUUGCAUCAGUUUCAUGCAAUCUGUAUCGAUCCAUGGUUGCGUCAGCAAGGUACAUGCCCUGUCUGCAAGCACAGGGUGAAUUCCGGAUGGCAUGCAGGUGAUGAUGGUGCAGCGGACAUGGUCUAGCUAGUUACAUUCACCAUCCAAUGUCUCAAUACAGCUAUAUCAACGACGAGUACAACUAACUCGAUGUACGGCAUUACUUAACCAAGUUAAAUGAUAAGGCGGCUGGUAUUAAGCCUGUUGUAAGUAUAUAUCUUAUCUAAUUAUUGCGUCGAUCUCACCUGCAAUCCUCAUCAGAUUUAGAACUCUAAUGUAGCCAAUUAUUGUGCUCUUUCUGGUGGCACUAUUGAUUCUUCAUUUC